CAUCAUCAAUAACUUAAUGACUUUUAUAGCUACUAUAUAAUGUCAGACUCUGUUUUUUUCUUUAUCAAAAGCCUCAAACAAUCAGAAAACCAAGAAGUCACUCACUAUUUCUUCUUAGUCCUUAGAAACCUGUUGCUUCAAUGGAAACAAUAAACCAACCACAAGCAACAUGGUCUGAACUCUUAGGCCAAAACAACUGGGAAAACCUUCUUGACCCUCUAGACCUCAACCUCCGCAAGCUCAUCCUCCGCUGCGGUGACCUCUGUCAGGCUACCUACGACUCUUUCAACAAUGAUCAGAACUCCAAGUACUGUGGCGCCAGCCGCUAUGGCAAGCACAACUUCUUCCAAAAAGUUAUGUUUGAAGAGGCUGAAAACUACCAAGUCUCUUCUUUCCUUUAUGGCACUGCUCGUGUCAGCUUGCCUGAAGCUUUCAUUCUUCACUCCCAGUCAAGAGAAUCUUGGGACCGCGAAUCUAACUGGAUUGGCUACAUCGCUGUUACUACGGAUGAAUAUAGCAAAGCAACUGGACGACGUGAUAUAUAUAUAGCUCUUCGUGGAACUACAAGGAACUAUGAGUGGGUUAACAUUCUUGGUGCGAAGUUACAGUCUGCUAACCAUUUGUUACAAGGAAGCAGCAACAAUCUUGAUCAAGAGAUGAAGAACAGUGCUAGUAGUAGUGACAGCGAUGAUGAUAAUGAGAAAGUGCCUAAAGUGAUGCAAGGAUGGUUAACAAUUUAUGUUUCUGACGAUCCCAAGUCGCCUUUCACGAAGCUUAGUUUGAGGAAGCAGCUAUUGAGCAAGCUUAAUGAGUUAAUUGAGCAAUAUAAAGAUGAUAAUUUAAGCAUACUCCUGACAGGGCAUAGUCUUGGUGCUAGUUUAUCAAUUUUAGCAGCUUUUGAUCUUGUGGAAAAUGGUGUUGCAGAUAUUCCUGUAGCAGCUCUUGUCUUUGGCUCACCACAAGUUGGGAAUAAAGCUUUCAAUGACAGGUUCAAAAAGCAUUCAAAUCUUAAAGUUCUUCAUAUCAAGAAUCAGAUUGAUGCUAUUCCACAUUAUCCAGGACGAUUGUUGGGAUAUGAAUAUACUGGAACUGAGCUUGAGAUUGAUACAAGAAAGUCACCAAGCUUGAAAGGUUCAAAGAAUCCUAGUGACUGGCACAAUUUGCAGGCUAUGUUGCAUAUAGUAGCAGGAUGGAAUGGCGAUAAAGAACCAUUUGAGCUAAAAGUGAAGAGAAGCUUGGCUUUAGUUAAUAAAUCAUGUGCUUUCUUGAAAGAUGAAUGCUUGGUGCCUGGAUCAUGGUGGGUGGAGAAGAAUAGAGGUAUGGUCAGAGGUGACGAUGGAGAAUGGACGUUGGCUCCGGCGGAUGAGGAGGACCGGCCUGUCCCUGAAUAUUGACUGUUAAAGAUAGCAUUUGAAUGGUUGAUGUUGUAUUGUUGGUCUUUUUCAUUUCUAUCUUUUUCUUCUUUUCUUUUUUAUAAAUCUUUUGUCCUCUUUUAAUCUGAUAUUAUUAUGCCUUGUAUGGAGCUUUCCCAUGCUCAUCUACACGUGUAGAAUAUGACAUUAAUAGAAUCUUGUUUUCUUCUUAA